UCUAUCUUAUCACUAAUGGAUUUUUUGCAGGUUAGGUUCCACCCAGUGCAUCCAGAAAUACUUGCGAGUGGGAGCUUGGAUCAUGAAGUUCGCCUUUGGGAUGCAAAUACCGCAGAGUGUAUUGGGUCACGUGAUUUUUACCGGCCUAUUGCCUCUAUUGCUUUUCAUGCCCAAGGGGAGCUUCUGGCUGUAGCUUCAGGUCACAAGUUGUACAUAUGGCACUACAACAGGAGAGGAGAGACAUCUUCGCCAACUAUUGUGCUAAAGACACGACGUUCACUUCGUGCUGUGCAUUUCCACCCGCAUGCCGCUCCAUUUCUUCUAACCGCUGAGGUUAAUGAUCUUGAUUCUCCAGAUUCUCCGAUGACAAUAGCAACAUGUCCGGGUUACUUAUGUUAUCCUCCUCCUACUGUACUUUUCGCAAAUAUUCAUUCUAGUGCCCGUUCGGGUUUGGAAGCUAGAGUUCCUCUUUUACAAUUUCCUUUCUUGUUUUGGCCUACUGUUGCAAGAGAUGAUGGAAGGAUUUUGCAGCAUGCAAACAGGAUGGUUGCUUCAACUACCUCUCGGAGAGAGGAAUCUACUGCUCCCAUCCAACCUCAGACUGAUCCCAACUUAGGUAACCAACGUGAUAUUAUAGUGUCCCCUAUGGAGAUGUCACCUGUGAUAACUUCUAGUUCACACUCUGUACCUGAAGACACGGUAAAUAAUAGUUUCUCGAUGGAAAUGGAGAACAUGGUUUAUGACUCUGCAAUGGAUGUGGAAAACAGUGAAGGUCGUAUAGGAGGUGUUCAGCAAAACAGCUCUCCUGUCCCAGAAACAAUGGAUGGUGGCAGCAAUUUACCACAACUGAAUUUUCAGUCUAGUGGGGUACGUAUCCGAACUACGACGAGGCCACUGAGACAUGGAGUGGAGGUCACAUCUGGUAUUCAUCUUUUAAAUCUUUCUAGCAAUGCAGGCGUUCAGUUGCUCUUAAGAAGUUCUGAGGUUGGUCAACUUGAUCGGACUUUCCCCGUCAGUGAUCCUAUGUCUUGGGAGCUACCUUUUCUGCAAGGGUGGCUAAUGGGCCAAAGCCAUGCUGGCAUACAUCCUGUACUUCCUAUAAAUGAUGCUGCUGUCGACAAUUCAUCUGGAUUUCAAGGAACUGGUUCUGAUACAUUGGCAUCUGGUUUGGGUACUCAAAGCAUGGAGGCAAUGAUGGCUUCCACAGUAAUGCCAAUAGGUGUUAGCCAGCCCAGGAUUGCAGGACAAUCUGGUCUGCAUUCUCUUUCAUCACGUUCCCGCUCAAUUCCCCCUACUGGGUCUGGGGAGGGUGCUUUUAUUAAUGUUACACAUGAUGAAAGUGAACCUCAGCCUGUUGUUGGUAGGAUUGAAUCUGAACUUGCAACAUCCUUGGCAGCGGCAGCAGCUGCUGAGUUACCUUGCACUGUGAAGCUAAGAAUAUGGCCUCAUGAUAUAAAAGAUCCCUGUGCUCCACUAGAUGCAGAAAGAUGCCGCUUAACUAUCCCACAUGCUGUCCUUUGUAGUGAAAUGGGUGCUCAUUUUUCUCCUUGUGGGAGAUUUUUAGCAGCAUGUGUUGCAUGUAUGCUUCCUCAUAUGGAAGCUGAUCCUGGGUUACAAUCACAAAUCCACAAUGAUGUCCCAGGGGCUGCAACAUCCCCGACGCGACACCCUAUUUCUGCUCACCAAGUUAUGUAUGAGCUUCGUAUAUAUUCCCUUGAGGACGCAACCUUUGGUCUGGUGCUUGCGUCACGGGCAAUUAGAGCUGCGCAUUGUCUAACCUCAAUUCAGUUCUCGCCCACAUCUGAGCAUAUAUUAUUGGCCUAUGGUCGACGCCAUAGCUCACUUCUGAGAAGCAUUGUUAUUGAUGGAGAAACAACCAUGCCUAUUUAUACAAUUUUGGAGGUAUACAGAGUUUCAGAUAUGGAGCUUGUCAGAGUGCUUCCUAGUGCAGAAGAUGAGGUCAAUGUAGCAUGUUUUCAUCCUUUGGUUGGAGGAGGACUUGUUUAUGGAACUAAGUUGUUGCAGGAAGGGAAGCUUAGGAUCCUUCAGCAUGAUGUUUCACGUGGUACAAAUUGUACAGGACCCAGUAUCUUUCUUGCAGAAAAUAUGCUAGAGGUCCAGACAUAUGCUUUGGAAGGCUGAAAAUUAUUUAUUUUUUCAGGUACAAACAUGUGUGAGCAAUCAAUACUUGGUAUGCGGCUGCCGGACUAUGGAAUGGAAACCAGAUAG